AUGAAAAAACAAUUUCAUUCUGAUCAGGAGACGAUAAACAUGAUCAGGAAAAAAAGAACCACAACCGGUUCUUCUGCGGCACGUACAAAAUAUCGAAAAAGAAAUAAACGUGCUGCUCCUCCUGGUAGAUGUCAUUCGUGCAAUAUCUCUGAAACGCCGGAAUGGCGUAGGGGUCCUGAUGGAGCAAGAACUUUGU